CCCCUUCAACCUGCACGACCCGGAAGAGCAUAGAGUGAAGCUGAUAAGAGCGUACCGGGGCUGAUUUAAAGCUCGUGUGGGUCAGUACAAUAGGAGGAGGGCAUUGUGGAGGAAAAGCCAUCCCUGCAUUUACUGUUUUUAAAGGAUUUCUGGAAAAAUUUACUAAGUGAAGAUUUUUUAAAUGGACCACUUACUGCAUUCAAAGACGAGCUAUGGUCAAGCAGCAACAGAAGGUUCAAAUUGGCAAGAGGGUCAACCGAAGAAUGCUUAUGCUAGACUUGUGCAACAGCAUCACAGUGGACGUUUCAAACUUUACUUGAACUAUAUAGCACAAAAACUGCAACAAGAGGAAAGCGUUCAUGCGGAUUCUGUAUGUGACAAAGAUUCUGCUUCUGCGGGUGCUAUAAAAGAUGGUAAUGGAAAAAAUGGAAUAGGUGCAUGUGGUUUAAGGCCUGAGAAGAGGUCUGAACUUGGCAACACCAUCAAGAAUCGAGUAGCAAUAGUUCCAAAGCACCAGUAUGGCCGCGAUAACAAUGAAGAUACAGAUUUGGGUGUGGGAGACAUGUGUAAAUCUCACGCUCUGCAAAACAGCAGCAAUAUGCGGUCUUCAAAGGACAGUCAUGAUUAUGAGUGCAGUAAAGAAUCUCGGCAUGAAAAGGAAGUGUCUGUAUCUCACAUUUGUGCUAAAAGUAUUUCAAGAGGGCAAUAUUUUGAAGGUGGUGAUAAGCAAGGAGUUGCUAGAAUCAGAAACCAGUCUGAAAGCACCAGUUCACCACCAAGUGUUGAUAGGAAAGGACAGCUUCCGGAGUCCCUCAGUGAAAACAUGUACAACAGGCAGUCAGGAACUCGGCCUGUGCAGACUGGGACAACAAGAGGGAACAUGGGUUCAAGCCGUACACGCAACAAAGGACGGAAGAAAAAUCUAUUUGAAGUGUACAUGGAUAAGGAUGAUGUAUCUGCAGGUUUGAAGAGAGGUGAACUGAUUCAGGGUUCCCUAAGGAUUAAUCCAAAGAAGUUUCAUGAAGCGUUCCUGCCUUCACCGGGUGGUCUAAGAGACAUAUUUAUUGAUGGAGUAGAACCCCGGAACAGAGCACUGAAUGGUGAUGUUGUGGUUGUAAAACUGCUCCCUCAGGAUAAAUGGAAGGUAAUAAAACCAGAAGCUACAGCUGCGCAUAAUGACACACAUAAUGCCGGGAGUCCAGAUCUCAUUAUAGAGGCACAGUUUGACAGUGGACAGGAGGAGGAUGACUGCAGUAAACUGGGCAGUGAAGUGAAGACUCUUCCUAAAGAUGCCAAGACAGAAAAUACUGGAAGAAAAGCACCCUGUAACAGUGCCACAACAGAUGAUUGCCUUCAGAAGACUGCAAAGGUGGUUUACAUUCUAGAGAAAAAACAUUCAAGAGCAGCCACAGGGUUCAUUAAACCCAUGACUGAUAAGAAUGGGGAUCUUGCCAGGAAAUUUGCUUUGUUUUCACCGGUGGACCACAGACUUCCACGAAUACUUGUGCCCCUUGCUGACUGCCCUGCAGACUUUGUCACCCGACCACAAGAUUAUGCCAGUACGCUUUUUAUCUGCCGCAUAACUGCUUGGAGAGAGGACAGCAACUUUGCUGAAGGGAAGCUAAUGAAAAGCCUUGGUCAGGCGGGAGAAAUUGAACCAGAGACUGAGGGAAUAUUGACUGAAUAUGGAGUAGAUUUCUCAGAAUUUUCUAAUAAAGUGCUGCAGUGCCUGCCACCAAAUUUGCCAUGGUCUAUUCCUCAGGACGAGUUUGAAAGAAGAAAAGAUCUGAGAAAGGAGUGCAUAUUCUCCAUCGAUCCAGCCACGGCCAGAGACCUGGAUGAUGCUUUAUCCUGCAAACAGCUACCAGACGGUAACUUUGAGGUGGGAGUUCACAUUGCAGAUGUGAGUUACUUUGUCCGAGAAGGGAGUGCUCUUGAUUUAGUUGCUAGUGAGCGAGCAACCAGUGUGUAUCUUGUUCAAAAGGUAAUUCCUAUGCUGCCAAGAUUACUUUGUGAAGAACUUUGCAGCCUUAAUCCUAUGGCCGACAGACUUACCUUUUCUGUCAUAUGGAAAAUGACUCCUGAAGGAAAGAUCCUGGAAGAGUGGUUUGGCCGAACUAUCAUCUGUUCCUGUGUAAAGCUAAGCUAUGACCAUGCACAAAGUAUGAUUGAGAAUCCAAACAAGCUGAUUGGCGCUGAGGAGCUUCCCCCAGUUUCACCCUGGCACACCAUUGAUGAAAUCCACAAUGCUGUGCUCAAUCUUCAUCAUAUUGCACAAAACUUGCGCAAGCAACGAUUUGAAGAGGGAGCUUUGAGACUGGACCAGUUAAAACUUUCAUUCACCCUGGAUCGGGAAAGUGGAAUGCCUCAAGGAUGCUACAUUUACCAUUACAGAGACAGUAACAAGCUGGUUGAAGAGUUUAUGCUUCUUGCAAAUAUGGCGGUGGCACAUAAAAUCCAUCGCAGUUUUUCAGAGCAGGCACUACUUCGCCGUCACCCACCUCCACAGAAUAAAUUGCUAAAUGACUUGAUUGAAUUUUGUGACCAAAUGGGACUUAAACUAGACUUCACUGAUUCAGGCACUUUGCAUAAAAGCUUGAAUGAACAAUUUGGGACUGAUGAGUAUUCUGCUGCACGCAAGGAAGUGCUGACCAAUAUGUGCUCCAAGCCUAUGCAGAUGGCAGUAUAUUUCUGUACUGGAGCACUUGGGGAUGAGAGCCUUUUCCAUCACUAUGCCCUUAACGUGCCGCUAUAUACUCACUUCACGUCUCCCAUAAGACGCUUUGCUGAUGUUAUUGUUCACCGCCUUCUUGCAUCAUCUCUUGGCUGUGGUCCAAAGCUGAAAUUGCCACAGGAUGCUAUCCAGAAGCAAGCAGAUCAUUGUAAUGAUCGAAAGACUGCAUCAAAAAGAGUACAGGAACUUAGUGCCGAGCUGUUCUUCUCUGUGUUUGUAAAGGAAAGUGGCCCAUUGGAGUCGGAGGCAAUGGUUAUGGGGGUGUUAAAUGAGUCCUUUGAUGUUUUGGUGCUAAGAUACGGUGUCCAGAAGCGGAUCUAUUGUAACGCCCUGCCUCUAGUGAGUUCACAUUUCCAGCAAGUGGGUAAGAAGCCAGAGCUGACUCUGUUGUGGAAACCAGAACAAGAUGGAGAUGAACCAGUGCCACAGGUAAUUGGCAUCUUUGCUCUACUAGAGGUGGUUUUGAAGUCAGAAAAUGUUCCAUUGAAGUAUACAGCAGUGAUAAAAAGACCUGGAACCACAGACUGAGUAGUGGACCAAAAAACAAUGAUGACUUCUCAGGGCAAUUUGUGAAGAUGAUUUUGCUGCUGUGUCAUAUUACAUGUCAUUUACAGAUGUAACUUUUAACUCUCAGAGCAACACCCAUUUUUUAGCGCAAAAAACUCUGUAUGUAUCCCUUUGCAGUGAUAUGUUUUCCACCCAGAAACUAUCACUAGUUAUGUUUUAUUUCUUUUUAUUGUUUUAUUUUUAUGCAAGCCUCUUAGAGACUGGGUUGCAUUCCUCAAACCAGUUGUCAGCCUUUUGAGGCUCCCCCAGUCAUCUGGCAGGGCACUAUUAUUCCACGGUAACUGGAAAGCUCCAUGUUGCCAGUGUGGCCUAAGGUCGUCUCAAGUUAGUCAUACACUUUUAGAUAUUUUUUGCUCAGCCUGUACGCUGAACGUAAAAUAUCUAACAGAUUCCUUAAUCCAUGCUUACAGCAUAGAUGGGCGAAACACUGUUACCAAGCUAUUUGUAUUCUGACAGCAGCUGCAUCUGAUCAGAUGCAACAACUGUCUGACAGUUUUAUGCCUGGCUCCUUUGAUUUUUCAAUCAAAAGAUGUUGUGCAGGAGGGGCCUGUCAGAGCCACCCAUGUAGCGAAUUUCUGCCAGUGUAUUCGCAACGUGUAUGGCCAGCUUUAAACGUAUUGGGUCUUAGUUUUUACUUUAGUCGGGGGACUAAUUACUUGCCAUGUUUACUUCAGUAGCCCAUGCAAAUUAGCGAAAAUGAUUUGUGAUAAAUAACGUCACAUUUUUAGCUUUUUUUAAGAAUUUUAUUUUAGAAGUUGGGCAGUGUCAAAUCUUGGUAAAGUUGUACAGCCCAGAUUUUAACAGUGUUUACAUCUCAAUCAAUUAUGUUUUGCACUAUUAAUGAACUAUGUGUCUGUGUGUAUUGUUGCCAAUAUUUCAGUUGAAAACAAACCUGGCAUGUGAAAAUACAUUUACAAAGAUUGUGCAAGAUAUUCAGUUUACUAUUUUAAAUUUCCUAGGCCUGAAUCUGUAGGUAUUGAUUUUAAAAGCUGUAUCCAUAAGGAGGAUGCUUUUCAUUCUAGCAGCAGAAGUGCCAUGUGGGUGCAUUGUGUUGCUCUGAAUUGAUUUUAGGUGUAGGGUAUCAAAGAUCGAACUUGAAUCUGUUAAAGUGCAAGUUCACCUUUUGAAUAAAAUGCAGUUGAGAGGCCCCAGUAGGUUGAAAAACCUUGUGCUGUUUAGAAAAAUGUAGCUUUGUUUAAAUGCCAUGAGCGGCCACCCCUAAUCUAGCUGAAAAACUCCCAUUGUAAGCAAUUAGUCCCAUUCUGCCUAGACUUUGUGUGCAUGACCCCAGAAUCACAGGUAGUAGUGGCAAAACUCAGCGCUGCAAGCCUAUACUGAAGCAGUUUUUCCCACAGGCAUGGUGUUAAAGAGCAGCAGUUCCCCCUUUGUUUUGCAGGGGGGGGGGAAAAGUGCUAUAAUAGCUUACACUUGUUUUUUCAAUUAAGUGCUAUCACCUAGAAUGUCAUCUGCUGGGGAAGUUAUAUGGGACUGUAGUUUAGAUCUGGUCUGUACUGCUGAUAACUUAUCUACCAUUCAAUAAAGUCAUCUGUUCUAGGAA